AUUUCAGAUACAGUUCUGCUAGCUUCAGAGAGAGAGAGAGAGAGAGAGAGAGAGUUUCUGCCUCCGGUGGGUCAUUCAACUGACGAAGAUACGCAAAACAGGGAGAUGGACAUUGAGAGUCUGCCAUCCUCACGUCGUCGCACGGAGAGCUUGUCAUCGCACGUUCACAAGGUGGGAGUGCCAUCUCCCCAGAAUCUCCUCAAGGAUUUCAAGGAAACUGUGAAGGAAACGUUAUUUCCAGAUGACCCUUUACGCCCUUUCAAGGAUCAACCCAGAUCAAGAAAGCUCAUCCUGGGUCUCCAGGCCAUUUUCCCCAUUUUCGAAUGGGGAAGAGACUACAGUUUAGCUAAAUUUAAAGGAGAUCUCAUUGCAGGACUCACCAUUGCAAGUCUCUGUAUUCCACAGGAUAUUGGGUAUGCGAAGCUUGCAAAUUUGGCUCCACAGUAUGGGCUAUACACCAGCUUUGUACCUCCAUUAAUUUAUGCCGUAUUGGGAAGUUCAAGAGAUAUUGCCAUCGGACCGGCAGCCGUGGUGUCUCUCAUACUGGGAACUAUGCUCCAGGAUGAGAUUGAUCCCGUCAAGAAUGCAGCUGACUACCGUCGGCUUGCUUUCACGGCUACUUUUUUUGCUGGGAUCACUCAAGCUGCACUUGGACUUUUCAGGUUGGGAUUUUUGAUAGAUUUCCUAUCUCAUGCUGCAAUUGUUGGGUUUCUGUCUGGGACUGCCAUUACAAUUGCACUGCAACAAUUAAAAGGUUUCCUCGGCAUAAAAGAUUUUACAAGAAAAACUGAUAUUGUUUCUGUUAUGCGAUCAGUAUGGGGAUCAGUACACCAUGGAUGGAAUUGGCAGACUAUAGUCAUAGGAACAACAUUCUUGGGUUUCCUUCUGUUAGCCAAGCACAUUGGAAAGAAGAACAAGAGGUUCUUUUGGAUUCCAGCAAUUGCUCCACUGAUCUCUGUAAUCCUGUCCACCUUCUUUGUGUACAUUUUUCGUGCCGAUAAGAAGGGUGUUCAGAUUGUGAAACACAUAAAAAAAGGAAUUAAUCAGCCAUCUGUGCAUGAAAUUUAUUUCACGGGCAAAUAUGUUAUGAAAGGUGUUAAGAUUGGCGCUGUGGCUGGCAUGAUAGCGUUGACAGAAGCUUUAGCAAUUGCAAGAACAUUUGCAUCCAUGAAGGACUAUCAGAUUGACGGCAACAAAGAAAUGGUAGCACUAGGAGCAAUGAAUGUUGUUGGCUCAAUGACUUCUUGUUAUCUGGCCACAGGUUCCUUCUCUCGAUCUGCAGUGAAUUACAUGGCUGGCUGCCAGACAACCAUAUCCAAUGUAGUAAUGUCUAUUGUUGUCUUACUAACCUUGGAACUCAUCACACCCCUCUUUAAGUACACUCCCAGCACCAUUCUUUCUGCUAUCAUUAUUUCCGCCGUGAUCGGAAUGAUCGACAUUGAGUCAAUGCUUCUCAUAUGGAGGAUUGAUAAAUUGGAUUUCGUGACUUGCAUGGGAGCUUUCCUUGGUGUGGUUUUUGAUUCGGUUGAAAUCGGCCUUUUAAUUGCUGUUUCCCUAUCUUUGGCUAAGAUACUCCUGCAAGUGACAAGGCCAAGGGUAGUAUUACUUGGAAAGCUUCCCUGCAAGACAACCAUCUAUAGGAACAUUGAUCAAUAUCCUGAUGCAAUGAGGGUUCCAGGCUUACUCAUAGUUAGAGUCGACUCUGCAAUCUAUUUCUCCAACUGUAACUAUGUCAAAGAGAGGAUUGGAAGAUGGUUGAGUGAUGAAGAAGAGAAAUUCAAAGCAAGGUUCCUACCAAGAAUCCAGUUCCUUAUCAUUGAUCUAUCACCCGUUAUUGACAUUGACACCAGUGGUAUCCAUUCUCUGGAAGAUCUAUAUAAGAGCCUCAGGAAGAAAGAUGUUCAGCUUGUUCUAGCAAAUCCAGGGCAAGCAGUGAUAGACAAGUUUCACGCAUCCAAGUUGACGGAAUUGAUUGGGCAGGAUCAGAUCUUCCUAACAGUGGAUGAUGCUGUCUUGAAAUGCAGUACCAAGGUUGCAGAGUUGGAGCUGAACUAAUUAAGAGACUAUCUUCAUCUAUCUGAGAAAAUAAUGUUCAAGGAAAAGAAGCACUAAGUACAUGAUUGGAAGCUAGUUUUAUACUUAAUUCCAUAAAGAAAAUGUUGUAGUUCCUGUCUGUUCUGUAUUUUAGUGUAAGAAGAAACGUAAAAGGAAUAGUGGAGUAAAGGU